AUGACCUCUUGGAACGGCGGCUCUUCCUCGCCGGCUGGGACGUCGACGCGUUCGGGCGCCAGGAUGCAGACAAAAGAUUUGCGACCACAAGUUACUGAAAUACUCUCUAAAACCGCAAAUGGAUGCCUACAAGAACUUGGCUACUUCCCUGGACUACUACAACAGUACAAAGCCGCUGAAGCACGCGCACGCGAGUGGCAAGGAGAAAACAUCAAGCUUUUCGCGGACAACAGAAAGCUAUCGAUAGCGCUGAAGGACACUCAAGCGCUGCUGAAGCCAGAAGCAAAACAGGCGAUGCUUGCCCUGCAAGAGCAGCUGCAUUGCGCGCAACUCGAGCUGCAACGUGCCCACAGCGAGGUCGGGGCUUUGAUGAACGAGAGAACAGUCUUGCAAAGCAGGAUCGCAGCCAUGGAGACGGAUAGGCAGGCCUUCAUGCUCCAGUAUGAGAACUUGAGGCGAUCGUAUGCGAAUGCGUUCGACGAGCUGCAGAUCAUACGCGGGCGCGCUCGCGCCAUGCAGCAGGCCUCGACAUCGUCCCAUCAAGGACAACCAAUCGUUGCCCAAAGCCAGACCCGUCGAUCUUCGAGUGAACAGUUCCACCAGAUACAACAACCAGUAGCAGCACCUCUUGCUAUCCAGUAUACUCUUCCACAUGGCCAUCAUUCCAGGCGUCCAUCCUCUGCUUCUAUUCCGAUUGCUCAUUCGAAUAGCUCUGCAUCAACAUCAUCUUUGGCCGGCAAGCAACAUGCUCUUACAAUCAAUACUCACAUAUCGACGCGUCCUCAGCACACAUCGACGUAUGCCCCAUAUACACCAAUUACGCCCAGCCAUCAGACUCCACCAACUCAAAACACUGCAAUGCACGUCUCUCAGCGACCGAGUUCUGAUGGUGCCAUGCCGCAUCGGCCAGGCUCUACGUCCUGGGUGGGGGCACACGGCACUGCCAAGUUCCAUGGACAAGGACCGCGUUCACAGCAGGGAAGUCCAAAACCAGGGUCUGGAGGGUUUCCGUAUCCAUCGCCAAUCGCUCAGCCGUCGAGCAGUAGUUUGCAUCAAGCAAUCAUAAUUCCGCCGUCUGAUCAUAAGCCGAGAGUAACGUCUGGCGCCGCGGGUCCCAGUAGUCCAUCGGAGUCCAUCUCUGCGUCUGGCAGCCAUCCUUCGUCGUCGAUUGCACAUGCAUACCCACACCCUUCGAUUGAUUUAUCUCGGCGCACCCCUUCGACGUCCAGUCCAGAGCAAGCACACGAAGCGCUCACGCCUGCCGACACGCCUUCUAUGCCUGUCAUGGAAGCUCCACAAUCCAGCCCAAUGUUGAAGCGCUCGUCGGUAGAUAUGGCCAACGAUGAUGAUCAGAGUAUCUUGAUAGGAGGAAUGUCGCGCAAGAAACCACGAAUGGAGGUUCAUGUGGAAGAGGAUUCGAAAGCCAUGGUAGUUGACAGGUCCUUGUCAGAGACUGGUGCGGAACAGGCGCUGUUAGACCAUAGUCAUGUAUCCGAGGAACUAGUCCAAUGCAAGCAAGAACAAGACGAAUUGCUGCCAGACGACGAGCGACCAGUUAUGAAUGGUGACACUAGCAUGGCGGCGGGAGAUGGAGAACGGGAAGUAGAAGAGCGCCUAGAAGAGGUUAUGUAUCAAGACGAUGAAGGUGUAAACACAACGUGUUUCCUUUGCAUGCGAGUACCUGAUGCUGUUCCCCAUGAUUGCCGCUGGUGCUGA